UCCCCGCGGACUCAGGCAGCGGCCGGUCGACGCGGACCUGAGCUCCCUCCAGUUGCUUCCACUUGCUGAUUUCUGAGGCAAAUAAGCAGAAGGAUGAGUGAGCUGGAGCAGUUGAGGCAGGAAGCUGAACAGCUACGGAAUCAGAUCCAGGAUGCUAGGAAAGCAUGUAAUGAUGCAACGCUUAUUCAGAUCACAUCAAAUAUGGAUUCUGUGGGCCGAAUACAAAUGCGAACGAGACGUACGUUGAGGGGUCACCUAGCUAAGAUCUAUGCUAUGCACUGGGGAUAUGAUUCAAGGCUACUAGUCAGUGCUUCCCAAGAUGGAAAAUUAAUUAUUUGGGAUAGCUAUACAACAAAUAAGAUGCAUGCUAUUCCUUUGAGAUCUUCCUGGGUGAUGACCUGUGCCUAUGCUCCGUCCGGUAAUUACGUCGCGUGUGGAGGGCUGGACAACAUCUGCUCUAUAUAUAACUUAAAAACCAGAGAGGGAAAUGUGAGAGUGAGCCGGGAGUUACCGGGUCACACAGGCUACUUGUCCUGCUGCCGAUUUCUAGAUGACAGCCAAAUCGUUACAAGUUCAGGAGACACAACUUGUGCUUUAUGGGACAUCGAAACUGCCCAACAGACCACCACUUUCACUGGGCAUUCUGGAGAUGUGAUGAGUCUUUCCCUGAGUCCUGACAUGAGGACUUUUGUUUCUGGUGCUUGUGAUGCUUCUUCCAAAUUGUGGGAUAUUCGAGAUGGAAUGUGCAGACAGUCUUUUACUGGACACGUGUCAGAUAUCAAUGCUGUCAGUUUUUUCCCAAACGGAUAUGCCUUUGCCACUGGCUCUGAUGAUGCCACGUGCCGGCUCUUUGACCUCCGUGCAGACCAGGAGUUACUGCUGUAUUCUCACGACAAUAUCAUCUGUGGGAUCACUUCUGUAGCCUUCUCAAAAAGUGGGCGCCUCCUGUUAGCUGGUUAUGAUGACUUCAACUGUAACGUGUGGGACACGCUAAAAGGAGAUCGUGCAGGUGUUCUUGCUGGUCAUGAUAACCGUGUCAGCUGUUUAGGUGUAACAGAUGAUGGCAUGGCUGUGGCAACAGGCUCUUGGGACAGUUUUCUUAGAAUCUGGAAUUAAUAGUGCAUACAUGUUUUCUGUUCUCCGUUGCUAUCUGGAGAAAUCAGUGCUACAGCCUAUCGCUGUGAGAAGAAAAUUCUACCUUAUAUUUGCAGGUGAAGAUUUUUCUAUUGAGAUUGUUAUAUACAAAAAGAUUUCAGUAAACUACAAAACAAAACAAGUGGUGGGGGGGUAAGGCAAGGGGUGCUUGCUGAGAUUGAAAGGACCAGUGCAUUAAUUUGAGGAAUUAAGCUAAUUGAACCUUGAUGAAUUUUUGCUUGUACUCGAAAUUCUUUAUUUUCUUUGUGUAGGACAGAAUGUUCACAUUAUAGCGGUUUAUCAUGUUUGAUUGUUUUUUAAGACUUACAAUUUUAACUUUCUAUACAUAAGAAACAUGACAUUUUUGAGUUUUGUAAUGGAGGAAGUAGGCAUUGUAAGAGAUGGAAGUGAUCCCAUAUGUAUGUGUACUUACGUUUGAAGAAAGUCUCCUUGAUUUCUGACCUUUUAGCUCCUGGUUGCUUAAUGUUUAAGAAUGCUAGCAGGCCUGGAUACCUCUGAGGGCAGUCCCUGUUGAGUAUCAUUAGUUUCUGUGUAUCCUUCUGCCAUCCUGUGAAUUUAAGUAAGUGCUCAUUUUCAGUCCUUGGAGGGGGAGAUAAUCUGAAGGCCAGGGAAUCAAGGUAUCAUUCUGAAAUUUUAGACAUACAUAAGAAAUUCUUACAUAGUUAGCAGUGAUUGCAUAAAAAAAAAGUUCUAAACAUUUAAAAAAUCUGGUUAUGAUCUAAUGACACUUUGAGUAGCUCUCUAAAGAGCAGGGCUUUCCUAGUGAUUUCAUAUUCUGAAACUGAAUUUGUAGGUUACCCUCAUUAUUUCAGAUUAACAUUUGGGUUGUCCUUGCAUCUGAAGAAUUUUGUCCAGUAUUCUCCAUUGAUAGACCUGUAGAUGGGAAAUACAAUGUGAUGGCAUUACGUUGUUGAAAGAAGUGUUAAAAUCUAACCAGUCACUAGACUUGAUUAGUUACAGUUGUGUAGCAAGGUGGCUUUAUGAGUUUGUGUUCAGUUUAUAUCAAUUCAGAUUUCAUAUUAUCGUGACUUAAAUUUAAAAAAGGAAACAUUCAAGACUUUUCGCUCUUCUGUGAUUUUUCACUUGGCACAAAAAAAUGGUUUCUAAGUGAUUUUGCCAAAAGGAAUACUUAGAUCCAAGUGACUCCACUUUAAAGCCAAAAGAAAAAUUCCAGGAGCAGUCCUUAAAGGAGUCAGAGGAACAUUGCUUAGUAUUUUCCUAAGCAAUUCCUACUUGUCAAUGAUAUAAUGUGUCUGUUACUAGAAUGCCCCCCUCAAUUUAAACAAAGAUACUUUCCCCUUAUACCUAAAGCUAAAUGAUUGAUAAUACAAGAUUAUUAGUCUUGAUUGACGAAGUCAUGGAUUAUUCUUAUACAGAAGUGCAUUACUUUUGUAAUUUAGUAAACCAUGUCUGUUUCAACUUAGGUUUCAACUUUUGAUCACACGUAACCCUAAUCUAAAUGCUCCCCAAAAUUUACUUGUGAAUUUUCAUUUUUAUAUUGUGAAUAUGCCAGUAAGUGCAUCAACUAUAAUGAAGUCUGUUAUCAGUUUUAAGAUCAGCUGAUGAUGAUAACUGAAAACGGAUAAAGGAAGAGUAAGAUAUAGGACCAAAAAAAAAGACUAUUUUAGAUGGCAGGCAUGAAUGUAUAUUUA